AUGCUGGAUAUCUUGAGACACAUGAUUAACAGCAUCGGCCAAUACAUGGAGAGAGAUAGUGAGCUUACGGCGUAUCGUCAUUUCGCCAAGCUUUUGGACUACUUGUUCCGAGAAACAAACCAGAUGUUCUUGAACAUCAGAAAAAUCGAUGCGAUUAUUGCUACCGAAGUCAAGAAAGAGCGUGUUGAGCUGUCGAUUAACGAGUGGGAGAAGAGCAAUGUGAGCUCAGCAAUAGCCUUCAAGCAGCAAUCAAAAAGCUUACGCUUGAACCUGUCCAUUUUGAAUCAGUUGGAGCGUAAUUUACAUUCCGAGACCAAGAACGCCUUUUGGCAAUAG